GGGCAGCAGGGGGCGCUGUGGGAGCUCCCAGCGGUCAGUGAGCGCAGAAGAAGGGUCUGCGGAGGCAGAUGGCGACCCCCAUGGUCCACGUGAUGGUUGUGUUUGGCUCCAGAGUUGAAGAUGUUUUUCUCAGUUUAGGCGCUUUUCCUUAAAACCGAGGAGCAGACAUGAAGCCUAAAGGGCGCCUCAGAGGGAAACAGCGGCAAGACAAACUGCACAAGUUCAUGAUCUCAGUCAACGACUAUGUGAAGAGCCAGGCAGGACACGAGGACACGGAGCGCUACGAGCGGAUGGGAGGAUUCGUGAAGAAGAAAAGUCGCAAAGAGCUGCGCAGAGAGAAGAGGAAGGCGAAGAAAGCCAAGCUGAGGAACCGGGGAAACGCAGGGGACGCGGGGAGGUCUGAGGAGCCCGAGCUCUCCAAGGAGAAGACGGGGAGGUCUGAGGAGCCCGAGCUCUCCAAGAAGAAGACGGGGAGGUCUGAGGAGCCCGAGCUCUCCAAGAAGAAGACGGGGAGGUCUGAGGAGCCUGAUCUAUCCAAGAAGAAGACGGGGAGGGGUGAGGAGCCUGAUCUUUCCAAGAAGAAGAGGAGUGCUCUGAAAGAAAGAGGAGGUGAACAAAGCAGAUCCGAGAGAGCUGCUGAGGAAAAGCCUAAGAGGAAGGUUCAUUUUGAUGAUGCGGUGCAGCAGCAGAGCAAGAAGGCCAAGCUGGACAUGGCCAGGAGGAGAGCACUGCAGGAGGCCAACGAGACUGAAGACAGAGAGAUCAAGAAGCUGGAGAAACGGCUCGGGCUCAACAGGAGGAAGAAAAAGCGGAGUCUUCCUCAGUCCUUCAUAAACGACGGGCUGGAUUACAUCCUGGGGAUCCUGGAGCCUGGAGUGUCUGAGGCGCUGCUGGAGGAUGAAGAGGAGAAGAAGAACGAGCUGGAGAGGCUGGAGGAGCUUAGUGACAGUGAGGAGGGGGAGGAGGAUGGCUCAGAUGAAGAGCAUACUGGUGCUGAAGGAGAUGUGGAUGCUGAGGAAGCAGAAGAAGGAAGCGACGAUGGGGAUGAUGAUGAUGAUGAUGAUGGUGGUGGUGGUGGUGAGAUUGAGGAUGAAGAGCAAGAGGAAGAUGAUGAUGGUGAUCAGGAGGAGGAGGAGGAGGGAGACGAUGAAGAAAAGGAAGAUGUUCUGGAAGAGGAGGGUGUCAGUAGUGAUGGAGAGGAAGGGACGUCUGAAGAUAAGCCAACUGACAGCAGAGAGCCGGAUAUGGCCACAGUUGGUAAAUACGUCCCGCCUCACCUACGUGAAGCAGCAGACAGCAAACGUAAAGCUGAGCUGGAGAGGCUGAAGCGGAACCUGAAAGGUCUAGUAAACCGGCUGAGUGAGCCCAACAUGGGGUCCAUCUGUGGGCAAAUAGAAGAGAUGUACAUGAGCUGCAGCAGGAAGGACAUGAACGACACGCUGACUGAACUUCUGCUGGCCGCCUGCGUCACACCUGCUCUGAUGCCUGACCGGCUGCUGAUGGAGCACAUCCUGUUACUGAGCGUCCUGCAUCACACAGUUGGUCUGGAGGUUGGAGCUCAUUUCCUGGAGACGGUUGUGCGGCGUUUUGAUGACUCGUAUCUCCGGAGCUCUGAUGCGGGUAAAGAGAGUGAGAACCUGGCUCUGAUGGUUGCUCAUCUCUACAACUUCCACGUGGUUCACGCGCUCCUGCUGUUCGACCUGCUGAAGCGGCUGGUCUCCUCUUUCACGGCGCGCGACGUGGAGCUGGUGCUGCUUCUGCUGAAGAACGUGGGCUUCUCUCUGAGGAAGGACGACCCUCUGGCCCUGAAGGACCUGAUCACCGAGGCCCAGCGCAAGGCCAGCACUGAGGGGCAGCGCCUCAGUGACCAGACCAGGGUGCGGUUCAUGUUGGAGACCAUGAUGGCACUGAAGAACAACGACAUGCGGAAGAUUCCUGGUUACGACCCUGAACCUGUGGAGAGACUCAGGAAGCUGCAGCGAACUCUGGUCCACCACAGAGCGAGUGGGACUGAUUUGAAGCUCAGAGUGUCUCUGGAGAAUCUCCUGGAAGCCGAACGGGUCGGCCGCUGGUGGAUCGUGGGCUCAUCCUGGAGUGGGGCGCCUAUGAUCGGUGACCAAGACAGCAAGACGACCCCGCAGCCCGCCAAAGGGGAACGGUUCAGUUCCAAGGUGCUGGAACUGGCUCGUAAGCAGCGGAUGAACACUGACAUCAGGAGGAACAUCUUCUGUGUGAUCAUGACCAGCGAGGACUAUCUGGACGCCUUCGAGAAGCUUCUGAGGCUGGGGCUGAAAGGUCAGCAGGAGCGCGAUAUUGUCCACGUGUUGCUGAACUGCUGCCUGCAGGAGAAGAGCUUCAACGGCUUCUAUGCAGUUUUAGCUGAGAAGUUCUGUGCACACGACCGGCGCUUCCAGAUGACGUUCCAGUUCUGUCUGUGGGACAAGUUUAAAGAACUUGCCUCCCUGUCCAGCAGCUCCUUCAGUAACCUGGUUCAGAUGGUGACCCACCUCUUACGCAAGAACUCCCUCUCACUCUCCAUCCUGAAGGCCAUAGAGUUUGGAGAGCUGGAUAAGCCGAAGGUGAAGUUUCUGAAGCAGAUCCUCUCCAAACUCUUACAGCAGACCGAGCCUGAGGACCUGGUGCAGAUAUUUGGCAGGAUUUCAGGGAUUCCAAAGCUGGAAAUGCUGCGGGAAGGCCUGAAGCUCUUCAUCCGACACUUCAUCCUUCGGAGCGCCCAGACACAAGGGCCAGCUGAGCAGACCACGCUGCUGACCGAGAGGGCGGAGAUGGCCACCAAGGCCAUGGAGGCCAGGGACGCCAAGCUCAAACUGUAGAGCACACGUCACACGCUGACCUGAGUGUGGCAGUGACUGCGUUUGUCUCCUGAGCUGCAUUGAGUCGAGCUGGGAAAGCCUCCCAGCACGGCUGCUGUCCAGCAGAUGGCGCUCUGUCUCUGAGCCAGCGAGCCUCGUGGACUUUUCAGACAUCCUGAACGAGAGGACGUUUCUGAGCAGCACAUGUAAAAGCUAGUGUGUCAGUUUGCUGGGACCCUUUUCUGAUCAGUGGUGCCUUUUCUCCCUUUAUAAUCUGCCGACAUUGGACAGCUUCAGAUCAUGGACCAGAAAAGACCUUGGAUUUGGGAAAGCCAGAGUUUUCCUUCCCUGCUUAUGUUGUCCUUGAGCCCUGUGACUGGCUCAGACUUGCUUAAAAAACAUGGUUCUCCAGGGGUUCUUUAGUGAAGGCAGUGGUUCUGUUGAGGACCAUGGGUUCUAAUAUAGAACCAUUUCAUGCUUAAAUGGUUAUUUGCCUGGUGAAAUGGUUCUUUAGAUGUAUGGAAAAUGAGAUGUAAAUGGUUCUGUAUAUCACCAAUAAAGGUUCUGUUGCUGCAAGCUUGACCUUGUAACGAUAAAAGAACCAGUUUUGGUGUAUAUAGAACCAUUUCAUGCUUAAAUGGUUCUUUGCAUGGUGAAAUGGUUCUUCACAUUGAUGGAGAAUCUAUAGAUGGAUCUGUACAGCACCAGAAAUGGCUCAAGCUUGAUAUUGUGACAAGUGAGCCUUUUUUGGUGAUAUGUAGAACCAUUUUCAGAAAGGUUCUAUAUAGCACCAAAUAUAUAGGCUCUGUAUAGCACCAAAAAGGGUUUUUCUUUUGUUACAAGCUUACAUUAGCAGAACCCAUUUGGUGCUGUAUAGAACUAUUUCCAAACAGGUUCUAGAACUAAAUACGACAUGUUCUCCAUCAGUCUGAGGAACCGUUUCACCAUGCAGGCCCAUAUCGCCCAAAGAUGUUUUAUUGCUUUUGAUCAAAGGUUUUGAUGUAAUAUUAAAACAGUAUUGAUGUAUUUUUAAACCAAGCAAUAAAACAGUCUUUUCAGUUCA